AUGGAGCAGCAGCUGCAGCAACUGGUCGAUCAAGUUCAGAGGCUGACGACGGAGAGUCAGAACAUGAGACAGGAACUUCAGAACAGAGACGUGACGAUCGCAGAGAUGCGAGGUCAGCUUCAAGCUCAGCAACAGGCUCAGCAGCAGCGGGUAGCCCCGCGCGGCGAGAUGAUGGAUCCGAAGAUUCUUCACAAGGUGAAGCCGUUCGACGGCCACAGGGCGAGUUGGAAGACGUUCAGUUUCCAGUACAGAGCGUACCUGAUCGCCCAGGAUCGAAGGUACCGAGAUCUUCUGGAAAGGUGCGAGGACGGAGCCCAGGAGGUGGACAACGUCAACCUGGACGCGCAGGAGGAAGAGCUAAGCACGCAGUUGUACUACGGCCUGGUCCUGGCGAUGCCCGAGGACUCAGUAGGCGAGCUGAUCGUGAGGAACAGCCCAGUAGGAGAAGGAGCCGAGUGUUGGAGGAAACUUCAGAAGGAGUACAACCCGAGCGAGGCAGGAAACGUGCUGGCGAUGUGGACCAAGCUCACGGACACGAAGUUCGACGCCAAAGAAGACGUGAUGGUGAGCAUCAGCAAGCUGGACGAGGACAUGACAAGGUACCAGAAGAUGGCAGGAGAACCAGUCUCGGACCUGAUCAAGCGAGGCAUCCUUACAAAGGCGCUGAAGGAUCACGACGAGCUGCAGAAGCACGUGUUUCGGAACAGCAGUCGGCUAAGUACGUACGAGCUCCUGAGAGCCGAGGUGGUGUCGGCGUUGAUGGCAGAGCGAGCGGUUCAGGACGACCCGAUGGAGAUAGGCGCGCUGAAGGGCGGAAAGAGACCGUGGAAAGGCCGCGGCAAAGGGAAAGACGGCAAGGGCAAGGAGAGGCCACCGAAUCCCGACGCCGAGAUCGAGUGCCACUACUGUCACAAGAAGGGCCACCGCAGCGCAAACUGCCGAAAGCGGAUCGCCGACGAGAAGAAUACAUCCGAGAAGGACAAGAAGGACAAGAAGCAGCUCCGUCUCAAGAAGCGCAGCCACACGAUCGACUGGAAGUACUGCUUGCCUAGCUACCACCAAUAUGUCUGCUGCUCUUGCAAGAAGACCUUUGAAGGAUGGCGAUGGCACUUCGAUCAGUGGAAGCUGGACUACUGUGCCGCGUGUGCCGAGUACUGCCUGGACAACUGGUUCAAGGACGAGGAAGAGCCAGACGACAACGAGAAGCAUGUCACCGUCGCUGGUCUUCGGCCCGUGGAUGAAGAUCAGAGCCCUGCAGAUGACCGAUUGCGGUUAGCCCCGCUUCGGAAUGCGAUCAUGCUCGACUCAGGUGCGCAGAUCAGUGCGAUACCGAGAUCACAGGUGACCAAGCAUAACUACACGCCGACGGACAGCAACGUUGUCGGCUUGAAGGGCAUAGGAGGCGAGGAGAUCGAGAGGUACGGCCACGUGGAGCUGAACCUAUCCCGAGGAGGAGAGGUUAUUCAAGUCGGUGCAGAGGUUGCCGAUGUGGAGUACCCAGUUGUGGCUACAGAUGCUGUAGUACAACGUGGUCAGAGUGUUCUUCAUAGCCCUGCAGGUCACUGGAUCAUCAACGGUACCGUCGAGCCACCUGACGGAGCUGAGUUCGUACCUCUACGGCGUCACCAAGGCAACUACUACUUAGAGUACGAUCACAUCAUCGACGGCCAGACUCAACCAGAAGCUUCAAAGGUAGCUGCGGUCCGAAAGACGCUACCGAGGAAGGUACCAGCUGAACAGGAAGCUGGAUCUUUGCCGAAGGUUCUAGGUCCUGAAGCUGAUGAGACCACAACUGUGCCAACGAGAGUGUUGAAGACUCCUCACCAACCUAGUGCUGCGGAGAGAGCCGCGCACGAAGGGCAUCAUCUACCUUUUCGGCCUUGGUGUCCCAUCUGCGUGCAGGCUCGAGCAGACGAUGACCCACACCACGCUCAGGAACCAGCUGAUGAGAACAAGAUCCCGAAGGUCAUGUUCGACAUCUUUUACGUAGGGACGGACCAGCUGGCUGCGAAGUACAAGCUUAAAGGAGGUUACUUCAGCAUCAGGGAGAAGAUGUCGGUCACGAAGGCCGAGCUAGACCAAGCGGUCUCUGUCUUGAAUGUUAUCGACUGUAAGAUCUUGGCUCAGGCGACGUUGUACGCGAACAAGGAGACGGAUGACUACAAGGUGUCCUUCCUGCUAGGCGUGCUGGAAGCUUGGGGCCACACAACAGUCAUACUUCAGACAGACCAGGAGCCUGCCACCAUGGCUCUGGCGCAGGCAGUUCGAGAUCGCAGAUCACACUCAACCUUGGUGCGGGGAUCACCGCCCUUUUCCAAGCAAAGUGCAGGCUACGCUGAAGGAGCUAACAAGCUAGCAGCUGGUCUACUUCGAGCCUACAAGCUGAAGCUGGAGCACAAGCUGGGCUGUGAGAUCAAGAUGACGGAUCCGAUCGUGCCAUGGCUUGUGAACUCAGUGGGGUGGAUGAUUACCAGAUUCCAGCCUCGCAGUCACGGAGGUUCCUCCUACAAGAUGCUCUACGGCAAAGAGUACAACGGCGAGAUUGCGGAGAUGGGUGAGCAGGUCUGGUAUCGGAUCUCAGCCAGAGUUGCCGCGGGACGUGGCAAAUGGGAAGCCCGCUUCGCAAAAGGAAUCUGGGUUGGUAAGAGUGAGCUGGACGAUACACAUCUCGUGAUCGAUCCUGAACGUGGAGUGCAGAAGGUCAGAACGGUGCGAAGGAUGCCUGAGGAGUUCAGAUGGCAGCCCGAGCUCAUCCAGCACAUCAGGGUGACGCCCUGGAAGCAGACGCCCGACAAGAGUUCAGGAACGAUCGGACGCAGCAUGUACAUCACGGAGCGCAUGAUCGAUGCUCAUGGUCCUACUGACGAGUGCAGGAAGUGCAGUACAGGAUACGGUUCGCAUUCGGCAGCCUGCCGACAGCGUUUCGAGACCAUUCAGGCCGACUUGCUGCGCGAGAAGUUGGCAAAGGACCCUGUGGCCCCUGAGGCUACAGCUGAGGUGCAGACAGCCAUGGACACGGAGAGUGGCGAGCUCAGGAGCGACUUUCGGCGAAGUGCCCCAGGUGAAGUUCGUGAAGGAGCUGAGGUCAAGAAGCCCAGGGUAGCAAGCAUUGGGCAUCUCUCUGUCUGUGAGUUGGCAGUCUGCGAGGAGGGCUACGACGAGAGCUUCGACCCCAUGUGGGAUCCACACCCAAAGCGCAGUGCGAGAUGUUCCGAGAGGUGUGAGAAGCACUCGUCACGAUGCCAGCUACGAGAAUGCCACCAAGCUGAGUGUGCAUGCAGGAGAUGUUUGAUGAGCCACAUCGGCACAAUCAGGAGCCACUUCGGAGAUCCUGAGGAUCAGCAGGUGGAGCAGAUGGUUGAGGUGAGCGCCGAGCUGCAUGAGAAAGACCAGUGGAGCCCAAAGACGAUACACUACGAUUACUAUACUGGAGAGCCUCUGGAUGAGGACCUGUAUCAGAAGGGUCGCGACGACGAGCUGCAGGCCAUGAAAGACUACGGGGUCUACGUGGAAGUGGCGACAUCGACGGCGACUGACGGCAAGCACAUUGGAGGUUUCCCGAUAGCCCACAUGAAAGAAGGAAAGGUCAGGUGGAGGUUCGUAGCAACCGAGGUGAACAAGUACGAGGUCAGGGAGGACAACCACCAAGGCACGCCCCCGCUCAUGAUUGUCAGAGCGACGCUGAGCCGUGCCGCUUCAAGUCCAACUUCCAGCGGGCAGCACCUGCGGAAGAUACAAGCCAUGAACGGUACCAGGAAGGCGUCGCAGAUGUGGGGUGAGCUUGUGAGAACUACUAUGGACGACGGCCAUUGGGAAUGCUUGGUUGGAACUCCUAACGUGUUCUACUUACCUGCUAGCCCCAACACAGCCCCCUUCGACGAGGAUAGCACAGCGAUCUGCCAUGGCGAUGACUUUCUUGCUGAAGGCUACGACGAGCAGCUGGACGAGCUGGACGAGUUGUUGAAGCAGCAGUUUGAGGUCACGGCCAGCGCCAGACUUGGACCAGGAGCGGUGGGGCAGACUACAUACCUCAAGAGGACGAUCGGCUACACCGACAAGUUGCCAGGUUGCGAGGAGCCAGGUUUCUUCUGGACUGCCGAUCCCAAGCAUGUGGACUUCAUGAUCAAGUGGACGCAGAAGCGAGGUUGUAAACCAGCUCCUACUCCAGGAACGAAAGCUACAGGACAAGGCCGACGAGACAGCCUAGACCUUCUUUCCAAGGAUCGUGCUCGAGAAGUGGCGGGUGCAGCAGGCACCGCUCUUUACCUUUCUUCGGACAGGCCCGACACGAUGUACGCCAGCAAGACAGCGAUGCAGCACGUCUCCAACCCGAACGUCUUGAUGCAUGCGCGUGUUCAGCGACUUGGAAGGUACUACGAAGGACAGCCUGUUUUGGUCUGGUGUUACCCACUUCAAGGUACUCCUGAAGGCAUUCGUGUAGAUGGUGAUGCGGAUUGGGCACCUACGAGUGAACUACAGCGGCGAUCUACCAGUGGAGGAGCUGUGAGGUAUGGCGACCACACUUGGGACUGCUACUCAGUGACGCAGAGUACGAUAGCCCUAAGUUCAGGGGAAUCCGAGAUGUAUGCUACGGGAAGUGCGACAGCCAGAGGACUUCAGUGUAAGACUUACCUGAUCGAGACCCAGAGGCCCUGCAACCUGAAGAUCUAUAGUGACAGCACAGCUGGACGUGGCAUGUGCAGCCGAGUUGGGGUGGGCAAGGUCAGGCAUCUGGAGCUGAGGUACUUGUGGAUUCAGGAGCGGUUGCGUCUCAAGGCGUUCGAGCUUCACAAGGAGGACACCAGCAAGAUGACAGCCGACAUGCUCACGAAGUACAGCGAGUGGCCGACAAUCGAGAAGCAUUGCACCACUCUCAACCUCAGGUUCGGAAAGCAGAUGACGGGCUUGAGCGCAAUGGCAGUUUUCACGGAGGUCGUGACGAAGGCGUCAGGCGAGAAGGUGACAGUGUACGGAGGAUCUGACGAGGUUGCGGUUUGCCCCGCGCCUGUCAGCCACUAUGUGGAGAGCGAGGAGUUCAGGUUCUACUUGAUGUUGGGACUUGUUAUGGUGACUGCAGCGAGUACUUUCUUAUUGGGGUGCUGGUGUGGUUGCUACUUCAAGAACUUCUACGACAAGUUCUUCCUCCAGGGUGCGGUUAGCCCCGCCUCUGGAAGCACUUGCCCACCAUCUGCGCGGGCUGACGUCGAGUUCAAGACCGUGUGUGCACAGCAGGACAAAGGUGCAAGGCACAAGCUCUUAAACACGUUUCUUGUGGCUGAGCUGCGAGCUGUCUUGAAGGCCAAGAGCCUGGCCGUGUCAGGGAUCAAAGAAGACCUGGUCACGAGGAUGAUCAAGCACGGAGGUGUUCUGUCGGAUCGCCAGGCCAAGGAGAUCGAGCAGCUGCGGGUGAUGGCUACAGCGCAUGGACCUCUUGCCAAGCUUAGCUUGCAGGACAUCAGCAGUCCAGAGGCUGCGCAGAAGUGGAUCGAGACGUUCAAGGGCGAGUGCCGAGACCGUUCCAGAGGCUCUCAGGUGAUCCACGGAGAGGGCUAG